AUGCCUACUGGGGUUGAGCCUGCCGGUCAGGGACAGACUCCACAUGGUACUGCGAGCGCGUCGGGUUCUCAGACUCCGAUGGUUUCAGAGGUACCUACCUCAAUCGUACCCAUCGUACCUACUCCUACGGUAUUCACAGUACCACCAACGGUAUAUUCGGCACCUCCACCGAUGCCUACUGCACACCCGACACCCGCACUAGCAGCAGUAGUUGCUCCACCUCCGGUACCACCACCCAUCGUACCUCCAGCCACGCCCACCUAUGUUGACCCUACAGUGCCAACAGCGGCACCUGCCCUAGCUUAUGCGGCAGCACCGGGGAUGCCUCCCCCGGCUUAUGCAGCGAACAACCGCUCAGUGACGGAGUACAAUGCCGAGUUUAAUCGGUUGGCUAGGUUUUGUCCAGAAUUAAUUGCUGAGGGCAGUUCCCGCAUGCUUCAAUUUAUCCAGGGACUAGAUGGACAUCUGCAAGUAAAGCUUGUCAGUUUCGGGAGUUCAUCUUAUUUAGAGACGUUGGAUAGAGCCCUCAUGAUUGAGUCAGCUCAGCAGAGAGUGUUUCCGGAUAGAAAAAGAAAGCAAACAGGUCAGACAUCAAGGCAGAUCUAG